CCUCUGCUCUCCCAGCGCUGCCGCGGAAGCCGGCCCUGCUGGCCCUUCCCGGGCUGCGCAGCCCUGCGAGCUGGGAGCGCAGCCCAGAGCCAGCCCAGAAGGCGACGAAAGCCGGCGGACGAGCCCUCUGGCCCCGCUGCCUGUCCAGACCCGGGCGCCCCAUCCCCCGCCCCGAACUCGGAUCCUCCCACCCCACCCCUCUGGCUUUCCCGCGGACAGCGCCCGGAGCCGGCUGCGCCCCCGUUUGGAAGCCACGUUUCAGCACUUCGGACAGCGCCCGGGCGCCCCGCGGGCCCCUUGGGGUUGGCUAUGGCGAGCGUUCAGCAGGGCGAGAAGCAGCUUUUUGAGAAGUUCUGGCGAGGAACCUUCAAAGCGGUGGCCACCCCGCGUCCCGAGAGCAUCAUUGUUGCUAGUAUCACGGCCCGCAAGCCGCUGCCAAGGACAGAGCCCCAGAGCAGCCCCAUAGGUCCAGCCCAGGAUGGACCUUCAGAAAAACUGGGUCAGCGUCUGGCCACCGAGGCCUUGGGCACCAACAGCUGGGAGAGAGACAAGGCCUGCCGGGAGCUGGGUCCUGCCAGAGCUCGAAGUGCGUCCCUCGACAGAGACUUCACACCACCACCCUCCUCCAGGGGGAAGAAGAAGAAGAAGAAAUCUGCCCGGAAGAAGAGAAGGAGGUCCCCAUCCUAUAGCCCAUCGCCCGUGAAGAAAAAGAAGAAGAAAAGUUCCAAGAAACACAAGCGACGCAGGUCCUUCUCCAAGAAGAGAAGACACAGCUCCUCAAGCCCAAAAACCAAAAGAAGGGAAGAGAAGAGGCAUCAAAAGCAAUCUCGAAGCCGGCCCCGAAAAUCUCACCGUCACCGCCACCACCACUGGCCCUCGCGGUCCCAGAGCUCGGAGUCACGCUCCUCCAGUUGUGAGAGCAGGCACCGAGGCCGGUCCCCCGAGGAAGGGCGGAAGUCCCGCCGCAGGCACUCUCGCGGCUGCUCCAAGACCCUGUGCAAGGCCAGCCCCGAGGCCCGGUCCAGCCCCCCGCCCAGCCAGCCCCUGCAGAUGCUCAGCCUCCUGUCGGCCAGGGGUGUAAUCACUGGGUCGGGGUCUGCCGCUGACCCGUUUACCAAAACAGCCAGCCCGCUCGCCACCUCCCGAGGACGGUCCCAGGAGUAUGACUCCGGCAACGACACGUCCUCCCCGCCCUCCAGGCAAACCAGCUCAGCCAGGUCCCGGGGCCAGGAGAAGGAGAGCCCCCGGGGAGACCUGAGCAAGAGCCAGGAGCUCCACAGCGGGAACACCUCGGAUUCAGGGAACUCCUUCACCACCUCCUCUCCCCAGAACAAGGGGGCUGUUCUGGAGAAUCUCUCUCCCACCAGCAGGGGCAGAGAGUCAAGAGGAUUUCAGUCGCCAUGUCUGGAAUGUGCGGAGGUGAAGAAGUCCAGCUUGGUCCCCUCCACAGCCCGCAGCUCCCCCAUGAAGGAGUGCUCCCGUAGCUCCUCCUACGCCAGCACCCGGUCCUCCAGUCUCUCUUCUCGGUCCCCAAACCCCAGAGCCUCCCCCAGAUACACCCGGAGCCGAUCCACCUCCUCUGAAAAAAGGUCCUACUCCCGCUCUCCCAGCUAUUCCUCCAAGUCUGGCAAGAGGAGCCCGCCUAGCAGAAGCUCUCGAUCCCGCCGCAGCCCCAGCUACUCCCGCUACAGCCCCAGCAGGGAGCGGGACCCCAAGUACAGCGAGAAGGACUCGCGGCAGCGGGAGCGCGAGCGAGCGCGUCGAAGACGUCGAUCCUACUCGCCCAUGAGGAAGCGCCGGAGAGACUCUCCGAGCCACCUGGAGGCCCGGAGGAUAACAAGUGCCCGGAAACGCCCCAUCCCCUACUACCGGCCCAGCCCUUCUUCACCCAGCAGCCUCAGCAGCACCGCCUCCUGGUACAGCAGUAGCAGCCGCUCCGCCAGCCGCAGCUACUCCCGGAGCCGAAGUCAGAGCCGGAGCCGGAGUCGAAGUCGGAGCCGCAGCAGGACCGGCACCAGUAGCAGCUCGAGUGCCCGCAGCCCCAGCCUGGGCUCUCGGAGCAGGAGCCGCAGCUACAGCUCAGCAGGCAGCUACUCCAGCACGAGGCGCUAAGCAAGGGCCCUCCCUGGAGCCAGCUGCCCACAGGAACCCCUUUGGCUCUGCCAGCCUCCCCUACUGCCUGCCCUCCCUGCCUUCUCCCCGGUGACAGACAUUGAGGUCUCCCGGAUCCUGUCCUUCCUGCUUUUCUAGAGAGGAAGAAAAGAGGGUUACCGGGCUUCCCCGUCUAUGUCAGGCUGCUAGGAGCCUCUACCAGCACCAUCCUGGGGCUCACUCAGGCCUGGGCACAUGGAAGGAACCAUGGCAUUUUUGGCACAUACCAAAAAAAAAAAAACACUCUUAAGGUUUUGGGAGAAUUCAUGGGUCCAGGGCUGGAAAUGUGGAUCCUGGCCAGGAAAACAUGGUGACAGUCCUGCUCACAGGAUGUAUACAGAAAGUCAAGGGUAAUGGGUCCCACCUGCCCUCAUUCUACUUUCAUUCAGUUUCACGGCUGUACUUUUAUGGACCCCCAGGUAGGAGAGAGGUGAGAGAGGACACGAGAGCCCUUGAGGUCCCAGACAAGAGAGCAUCCUUUAAUCUCCCCCAGCAGACAAAGGCUGGAAGGCUCCUGGGUUCUAGAGGGAGAAACAUGCCCAAGUGGGGGACACAGAUACUGGAGCUGAUGGGAGGUGUCAGGAGAUGGGAGAAGUGUUCUCUGGUUACAAACAUAGAAGCCAAAAUAUGAGGCUCACCUGCUGUCCCCAGCAUCUCUGCACGGUCAGGGGAAGGAGCCGUGCAGGUUCCGGCUACCAGGUGGCCCCGCCCCAUGCCUUUGGGUAAGGUACUCUUUGCCUUACACAAAAUGCCUUCUGACUGUGCACAAGAGCCCUGAGGCUCCCCAGGAGAGAAGACAGUGGCACAGCCCCACUGCCCAAAUCUAGCUGGCACAAACCGAAUUCCACGGGACCAUCUGCUGAGCAUUCCCCAGGGCUGUGGCUAGCUGCCAGCCCCCAGCGCCAGCCAGUCUGGCCUUGCCCUCUGGCUGGCGCCUGCCUGCCCCCUCCCCACUGCCCAGGCUGCCACACCCUGGAUCCUACCCAGGUCAGCCUGGCACCCACCCUGUAGCCUAAGCCUCUCAGGAAGUUUACCAGGAUGAGCGCCUCAGUUGAGCCUCGGGGAGAAAGACCCAAAUCCAGAGAGUCUGCAGGCAAGGAAGGGGCUCCAGGGCUGCUUCUGAGGUUCCUUGUGAACUUAGGAAAGCUCCACCUUAUCUUCUGCCCUCACCCCAUCUUCCCCCCAGCCCAGGGCCGGGCAGCCAGGGUCAGCUGCCCUCUGCUUCACAAAUACCACCAGCUGUUUCAACCACAGAAGGUACCAGGAGCAGGCAGGCCAGGGCGAAGCGCCUUAAAAUAACCUCCCGGGCAUCCCCCUCACCAGCUGCCUGGCUCCGGAGGCUUGUGGGUGAAUUUCAAGUUUGUGGUGGCAACAGCAGCCCGACGGGACAUGUGUGGGGAAGCGAGAUCGGCCUUUCUGGAUCCUCCCCACCCGAAGGCAGGGUGACCUCCCCCUCCCCAGUCUUCCCCACCGUAGCAACACAGGGGCCAGCGACUACCCGGCAACCACCCUCAAAGUCCCCCGUCCAUCAGGAGAGAAGAGCAAGGCAGCGCGGACCACCCGGCCUGCCCGCCCACCACCGUGGCCUCUGGCCCAGAGCAGAGCCCCGCCCACCAGGCCUCAUCCACACCAACGCCACCGCCACAGAAGGCCGGAUGGCAGGUGCCCAGGACAGGGGCAGGUGCCCUGGGAGGGCAUGUACAGAAGCUGUAAAUAACCCUCUUCCCCGCCCAGGACCUAGACCUCACUGCAGUCUCCCUGCCUGGGAUAAAAGCUUCCAAACCUGCCUAGCGGGACAGCUACAAGGGCCCCCGAGAGCUGCCUGACCACUGUCUUCAUUGGGACAACUCUAGGGGACCAUUCCACCUGGGGCUCCUAAGCAAACCUCUUAUUUAUUUUAUUUAUGUUUUAUUUAUUUAUUGAUAUGACCGUCCUUUUGUUUCUUACCAUUAGCAGUAUUUAAUUAUUUAACUAUUUAUUUAUUUAUAUGAAGAGGGAGUGUGUGUGUGUGUGUGUGUGUGUGUGAGUGUGUGUGAGUGUGUUUGGGGAGGGGGCUGUCUCCAUUUCUUUUGUGUCUCAAUGGAUGUGACUUUGCGGGGGGAUGGGAUGUUGGCCUUUUCUCCAAAAGGCUCUAAGCCAGGACCAUCUGGAGUUGACCCAGAUUGGACUCACGGGUCCCAAGAUCAUUACUGAGCCUGAGAGCAGUGAGGUCCAGGCCCCGUGUCCCAGCCCCUGCCCACCAGCUGCCCCACAGAGACAUCAGUGAAAAUAGCCAAGGGGCUCAGGGUUCACUCAUUGGGUCCCAGCUUGGAUUGGGGGCUGGACUCCAAAUUAGCAUGUAAGUCAAAGAUGCACAAAGUUGAGAUCCCCAGGGAGGCUCCCCAGCUGGAGAGACAGAUGCGCCAUCUCUAGGUGGGUCAGGUUCCAGCUGAGCACCUACUGUCACCUGGCCUGUGGGGGCCGGCGCGAAGGAGGAGAUGGUUCAGUACUGGCACAGCGCCUGGAUUGUUGAGGUGUGAAGUGGUGCUCACACCACAAGAAUCAGGCAGGACUGAGCUGCCCCGGGGGCAGAGGAGAUGCUCAUCUUGGCCUCACUCGGGGACACGGAUCACCCACUGCCUUCCCUAAGUGGUUUCACCCACGUUCCACAUGGUUCUGUGCUAAGUACCUCAUUCCCCCUCUGCUGAGAUUCGAAAGCUGCCCUGUUUGGUCCGCAGUGGACACAGGCAGCCUGGUCAAGAGGUACCAGCCAUCCAGAGAGAGAGAGAGACCCACAGCACUAGCCUUUUUCUGUGACCUCUUGCUAUUGCUAUUGGGGGAGGACGCAAACCGAUUUCUGGAAUCUGAGAAUACAGCGAGAUGAAGGGCAAAGCCAGAUGUUCCUAAGAAGGUCAUUUCUGAGCCCAUCCUGGGAACUAGAUCCAGAGACCUUCAUCAGGCCUGCCUCUGUGACCAGCUGGCAGUACCUUCUGGCUGCUGGCUGGAGAGGCGCCUGCCCUUUCGGAAGUCCCUCCCCCUGCCCGUGACUGCCAGCCUGCCUGGGCCAGCUGUGGCUUCUUGCAACUUUUGCAGCAUUCUUGGUUGUUUCCCUGGCAAUGUGACUGCCCCACUCUACCCCAACAAGGGAGCCCCCUACCCUGGGGAGAGUUGGCAACAAGAUCUCAUAGAUGCCCCUGUGGGUCGGGAGGAGGGACUCCAUCUCUCUCUCUCUCUCCUCUCUCUCUCUCUGUACUGGGAUGCUGGUCACCUUGAUUAACUAGAACCAUGGGUUCCUGGUGUUACUGGACCUCUGUUGGCUCUUCAUUGUCAAUAUCUUCUGCUUCCAGGAAACAGGACUUAGUGUUUGAAAGCCACUCAUAGUGACGAUGUAGCUCAAAGCCGAUACCCAAAAUGAGAGGGGGGUGCAGUGCAGGUCAAGCUUCCUGCCCCCCCCCCAAUUCCUUUGACCCUCCCGUGAGGAUGUGCACUAGGUAAGUGGAACUGGGCAGAUGGCUUGCUUUCCCUGUGCCCAAGUUCCCACCUCUGUGGAGUUUGGGAGAUGUUGCCCCGAGGCCUGGGAGGGUCUCCAAAGCCAGAGACAAGUCUCACCGACACUGAGACGGAACAGGAGGUUCUCAGUCACGAGAGGUAAAGACUAAAAAGCCAAAUUUGAAUCCCCUUCAGUUAGUUAGGAAGAGCCCCCAGCAGGGACCCUGCUCACUCAUCCCGUCUCGGUUUGCUCCCUACGUGGAAGGAAACUCCAAGAAGUUUCCUUCUUUCACCUUCCAGAAGCAGAAUAAAAUGGAGAUGUUGGAAAGACAUCAGGGGCUCCAUCUCAGGGGCCCCCAUCCCUUCCUUGGCUCAGACCCAUUCUCUUUCCCAAAUGGUCCAGUUUUGGAGAGGUUCCCCAAAAUGACAGAAAGCCCCUCUUUUUUCCCCCCCAACCCAGCCUCCAGCUUUUCUUCUGUUGUCUUCUGGCCACAAAUAUCUAAAAGAGUCCCCCGUGCGCUUGAGUCUCUCUUCUUCCCCCUCCAGCUCAAUAGGGCAUUUGGUCUGAUCAAAUCAAAUCCCAAGUACGACUCCUAAGCCGCGCCUCCCUCUCCAGUGGCCCAGUCAAUCCUGCUGGGACACUACAACCCACAGCAAGGAUUGAUCAAAACCCCUCCCUUCUCACUCUCCCACCAAGGAAUCGGUGUCAUGGACACCCUCCCUCUACCUGUGGCUGAUUUUUGUUGGUUUAUACAUUUGGGUUUUUUGAGUGUUUCUGUUUUCUGUUUGUUUGGUGGUCUUUGUUUUGCACUGUAAAUACCAUGAUAGGGACCCCUCCUUGGAACAUGGCUUAUUUAAUAAUUUAUUUGCUAUUUAUUGAGCGGUGUUGGGAUUGGGACAGGAGCGAGGCCACCUCUUCCCAAGAAUCCCUCCAACUCUGCGCUCCAGAGAUGCCGUGGGCCGCCGCAGCGCCGUCUCACCCAGGUAAUGAGUUCGAGACUCACCGAAACAAAUUGGAAUUGGCAGCAACAGAGGCUCCGGCCAUAGCAAUUAAGCUCCAAAUGGAACUAAAACACUGGUUUAUCUCCAGGAAAAACCUCAUUCCGAUGGAAAUUCAUUGAGGAAUCAAAUGCCUUCCCCGGGAACCAACUUCUCUUAAACAGUCACAGCUCCUUGAAAAAUAAAAGUGGAGAGAAUGAAAAAGGUCGCCCCUGGUCUGUAGCCAAGAGAAGCUACUCCGCCUCAUCUUGGAAGGAGCCAAGCCAAAGAGACUGGCGUCGCAUUUCUCUGUGCUUCUCUGGCUCGUGUGUCUGUGUGCAUGGAAGGGAAUGGGCCUCGGGCCUCAGUCUUGUCAUCUGUGAAAUGGGAAUUGGCCUGAGCGAUCCUGGCAGGGUGGGGGAGAGAGGGCUCUGGCUCUGACCCGGAGGACAGCUUCCUGUUGGAAUUUUUGUCCCUGGGUCUUCUGCGGUAGGUUGAACGGCAGCGACCAAGGACGGGAACAGAAAGGUGGGGUGUGGAUUUCAUCUGCUGGGGGAGGUCAUGAUAGCUGAGUUCUCGUGCCAACUAUGGGAGACCGCGAGGUGUCGUCCCCUUGAUAACUCCCGUGACUUGAGUUCAAGUCCUCUGUAUUUACCUUGAACUUCUCUCCAAGCCUAGUGGUCCACAGUCAUCCCAGGAGAGACCAAGAUGGUUUGGCUCUGCCCUGCAUUUUACCCCCGUUGGUGGUCAGACCUUGUUUUGUACAAUCAUUCAAGGAAGCCGGUGACGUAGGUCCGAGUACCACUUUUCAGAUGAGAAAACUGAGGCCUGGGAAGGGGGAGUGUUGUGCCCAAGUCCCUUGAGCUCAGAUGGGGCUGGCGGUGCCCCUCGUCCCCUUGGAAGCUCUUUCUCUGGGGGCGUGUGCUCUGAGGACUUUGUCUUACUUCUGUCCCACCUCUUGGUUUUCCUCCAAGUGUCCAUUGGCCAAGGACCUAGCAGAACCCACCACACUGGCCCAGGGGACUCGGUACACCUGAAGGCCAUUUCUCUACUCUGGGGCUGAGACUCCCACCUGGAAAACACUGAACCAAAGGAGCCAUCCCCAGUCCAGCCCAGCCUGACCAGCAAAUGCCCUGAGUGUCCACCUCAGAGGGAAAGACACUGCUGUGUCCUCCAGCGUCCUGGGACCCUGUCCUCUGCCCAGGGACACAGUGGCCACGGCUUGCUUGAUUUCUGAUCUCUACAACUAAGCCUAACCUCCCCUGGGUUUCCGGUUUUCAGUCUGUAUGGAACAUGUCUGUGUUCUAAUUAAAGGUCCAUGGUAUGGUGUU